AGGAAAAGAGGGAGAAAGAGCCGCCAGCGCGCAGGCGCAGUCCCGCCAGAGCGCCUUUCGUUCUCCCUCUCCCCCUCCCUUCCCCCCCUCAUCCGCGGAGCGCGCGCGCCAUGGACGUGAAGCGGCUGAAGGUGACGGAGCUGCGGGCCGAGCUCGGGCGGCGAGGCCUGGAUUCGCGCGGCUUGAAAGUGGAGCUGGCCCAGCGGCUCCAGGAGGCCCUGGACGCCGAGAUGUUGGCGGCCGGGCCGGAGGAGGCCGGGGCGGAGGCCGGAGCGGCGGCGGCGGCCGGGCAGAGCCUGGGCAGGGCCCGCCUGGGCGUCGGAGGCGAAAACGACGACGAGGACGACGACGACGAGGAGGAUGAGGAGGACGACGACGACGACGAGGACGAGGAGGCGCUGCUGGCCGACGAGGAGGAGCAGCCGCAGCAGCAGCAGCAGCAGGCGGGAGGCGCCCAGGCCCAGCCGCCGCAGGCCGGCGAGCAGGGCGAAGGCCAGGCCCAGCCGCAGCCUGCCAGUGGCGGCGGCGGUGUCAACGGGGCGCAGCGGGCCUCGGAGGAAGGCGGCGGCGGCGGAGGAGGAGGAGGAGGCGACGAAGCGGCGGCGGCGGCGGCGGGGGGAGACGCCGAGGCCAAGCAGGAAGGAGACCAGGAGGCAAAUGAGGAAGAUGAGAAAGCCAAGCAGGCAGGUCCAGAUGGUGAACGCCAUGGGCUUAAAAGACAACGGGAUGAGAAGGAAGAGCAUGGCCGUGCUUACUAUGAGUUCCGAGAGGAGGCUUACAAUAGCCGAUCCAAGUCUCCACCACCGCCAGAAGAGGAAGCCAGGGAAGAGGAUGAGGAGACUGUUGUGAUCCUGGACACAAAUACGUCUGAUCUCCACUUCCGAGCCACCAAGGACCGCUAUGGAGGACAGCCUCUGUUCUCUGAGAAAUUCCCCAAUCUGUGGUCUGGAGCGAGAAGCACGCACGGAGUGAAAAAGGGGAAAAUCUGCUUUGAGGCAAAGGUGGCCCAAAACCUCCCGCUGAAGGAAGGCUGCACAGAGGCUCAGCUUCUUCGCGUUGGAUGGUCUGUUGAUCUCUCUCGUUCACAGCUAGGUGAGGAUGAGUUUUCUUAUGGCUACGAUGGACGAGGGUUGAAGGCUGAAAAUGGGCAAUUCGAAGACUUUGGUCAGCCCUUUGGGGAGAAUGAUGUGAUCGGUUGCUUUGCUAACUUUGAAAGUGAAGAGGUGGAGCUGUCCUUCUCCAAGAAUGGGGAGGACCUGGGCGUGGCCUUCCGGAUCAGCAAGGAAGGGCUGGGGGACAGAGCUUUACUGCCACACGUGCUGUGCAAAAACUGCGUUGUGGAGCUGAAUUUCGGCCAGAAGGAGGAGCCUUUCUUCCCCGCUCCUGAGGACUACGUCUUCAUCCAUGCCGUCCCUGUUGAGGAUCGAGUGCGCACUCCGCUGCCACCCAAAACCCCUGGGGAAUGUGAGGUUCUGCUUAUGGUCGGGCUGCCAGGAUGCGGGAAAACCCACUGGGCACAGAAGCACACCCAGGAGAAUCAAGACAAGCGCUACACCAUCUUGGGGACAGACACCGUUCUCUCCCAAAUGAAGACCAGGGGUCCCCAGGUUGAAGAACCACUGGACACCGCAGCUCGAGACCUGCUGCUUCAGCAAGCUGCCCGUUGUGUUAGCAAGCUGGUCCAGAUUGCCCCCAGAACCAAGAGAAACUUCAUUCUCGAUCAGUGUAAUGUGUACAACUCUGGCCAGCGGCGGAAGCUGCUGCCCUUCAAGGGAUUCAUUCGCAAGGUGAUCGUGCUGGUUGCCAGUGAGGAGGACUGGGAAGAUAGGCUGGAACAAAGAGAGGAAGCUGAAGGGGACGAAGUGCCUGAAUCAGUGAUGCUGGAGAUGAAAGCCAACUUCUCUCUUCCGGAGAAGUGUGACUACAUAGAUGAAGUCCUGUAUGAGGCGCUUGCAAAGGAGGAGGCCCAGCCCCUCGUCACCAAAUACAAGGAAGAGGCCAGGAAGCUGCUCCCGCCCUCUGAAAAGCGGACGAACCGGCGCAACAACCGGAACAAACGCAACCGCCAGAACCGCAACCGUGGCCAGGGAUACGUUGGUGGCCAACGCCGAGGCGGCUACAAUAAUCGGGCUUAUGGGCAGCAGCAGCAGUACUGGGGGCAACCUGGAAACAGAGGCGGUUACCGUAACUUCUACGACAGAUACAGGGGGGACUACAACCGGUUCUAUGGACGUGAUUAUGAGUACAACAGAUACAGAGACUACUACAGGGACUACAAUCGAGAGUGGCAGAACUACUACCAAGACAGAGACCGAUAUUACAGGAACUACUACGGAUACCAAGGGUACCGGUGAAACCCCAGCCAUCUCCACCCUUCAGCGACGCCGUGAGGCUCAAUGGAGGGGGGUCUCUGCCACUUCCCAAGACACACAAGCGGAGGAAACGGGGGAGGGCUGUUGGGGAGAGUUGGCAGCAGGGUUGAUGGGGUGGGAGGGGGAGGUUUAAAAAAAAAAAAGAAAUUGUAAAUUUUUUUUAAAGUUUGUUGAAAAGAAUAUUGUCUUAUUCUAUAAAAAAACACAAAAAAACCAUUUCAAACCUAGUUUAGACAUUUGUAAUCAAAAUGUUUGCGCAAAGAGGAUAGCAGCACUUAGCGCUGCCUAUGAUUGGACAGGAAGACAUGGCAUCAUAGGGCAGCUGGGCUGGCAGCUGGGUGG